AUGUCGGAGGAGCGAAGCAAGAUAUCGCUUCGCAGCGGCAAGCGAAAGGGUCGCCGCCCCGUCAUCAGCUCACCGAAGCAGAUCACGGGUCCCAUUCCCCAUUUUCCCGGUCAGGAUGCCAUUUCCAAGGCGGGCCUGAUGGACGCGGGCCUGGUCGAUCCAGUACCGAGGCCUCGUGUCCGUCAAGGACCGGCUCCCGGCGGUAAGACGUCGGACCUCGUCAAGAAGCGGUACUCGACGCGCUUCAACAACCCGCCGCGCGACUUCAGCGCGACGGCGCCUCCGCUGCCCGCCCUGCCCACGACGGACAAGUACGAGUACGAGUAUGAGCAGAAGGAACGGCGGCUGCCACCGUCGCGGGCCGGAGCUGUUCCCCUACCAGACAUCAAGGCCCUUCGCGACCCCAACCUCGUGCCGGACCAGUUCGUCUCCGCCGUCCUGGGCAACGCGACCGAGGACCAGCUCUACGAGUUCGAGCAGGCCCUGCGGAAGCUCAAGAGUCGUGCGGCGGCCGACCUGCAGCAGAACUUGAUGCAGAACCGGACCCAGUUCAUCAAGAUCAGCAAGGAGGCCGAGAAGCUCAAGGACGAGAUGCGCUCCCUCCGCAACCUCAUGGCCGAGCUCAAGACCAACACGACGGCCCUGCGGGCCGCCUCGAUGAAGGGCGAUGACUUUUCCGCCGUUUCGGGACCCAGCUCCGCCGCCGUCGGCCUGAGCAAACGAGACAAGCGGAGCUCCGUCGCCGACAGGAGCGCCCUCUGGAACUCGCAGGUGCAGGCUCUCUACAAGAACGUCGAAGGCUCGCAAAAGUUUCUGCCCAACGCCGCCGGCCGACACGUGGUGCAGAAUGCGGGCCCCUGGAUCGAGCUCGACAACGCGACCUACAAAUCCCGCAGGGCGAUGCAGAUCUUCCUCCUCAACGACCAUCUCCUCGUCGCCUCGCGCAAGAAGCGCAAGGUCGAUGCCCCCGGCGCCGACGGCCGAGGCCCCCUCGUCAAGCUCGUCGCCGACCGCUGCUGGUCCCUCAUGGACAUCGACGUCGUCGACCUGCUCGGCGCCGGGGAGUCGUCGGCCGGCCGCAACAAGCUCGCGGACGCCAUCAUGGUCCGCUGCGGCGGGCAAGAGUCGUUCAUCUACCGCACCGAAAAGGCCGAUGACGUGGAGAAGAAGACGCUCCUUUUGAACGUCCGCAAGGCCGUCGAGGAGCUGCGCAAAGGGCUGCAGUCGGAGAUGGAGGCCAACAACAAGACGCGCGAGACCAUCAACUACUUUGCCUCGCGCGACCCGGGUCUGCUGCAGAGGACGGAGCUGCUGGAGACGCUGUCGAGCGUCAAGGACAUGCUCAUCGAGGUGGACGGGAAGCAGCACAAUCUACGCUGGGUCGAGGGCGAGAUGGACGAGCUCGACAUCGACGUCGCCCUCCAGCGGAUCGAGCCGGCCGUGGCGCGGGUCGAGAAGCUCAAGGGUCUCGCCCGCAGCCUCAAGGGCAACGCCGUCGCCCAAGACUUUAUCAACUUCAAGGUGGACCAGAGGUCGUCCAAGCUGGCGGCCAUCAUCGUGAGCGACAUCGAGAUGACGCACAACGAGCAGAGCAGGACGAAGCGAAAUGUCGGCUGGCUCACGAGGCUCGGCUUCGAGGACAAGGCCAGGGAAGCGUACAUCGCCGGCCGGACCGCCAUCAUUCGCAGAAGGGCAAGACAAUGCAUAUUCCAGGGAGACCUCGCCGUCUACAUAUGGCAGCUCUCGUUUGUCUACUUCACCAUCAUCCACAACACGGUCCGGUGCUUCCAGGCCUGCUUCCCGCAGCCCAUCAUGAGCGUCUGCGUCAAAUGGGCGAGGGAACAGGUCGAUGCCUUCAAUCUCAUCUUGGCGAGGCAGCUGAGCAGCACCCAACAAGGCGGCCCCGUCUGGACCUUGUGCAUCGAAAGGGCCAAGGAGCAUUCGAGGAAGCUGUCGGAAGUCGGCCUCGACUUCGAGGACCUUGUCGGACGGAGUCUCGAGCUGGAGGCUGCCGCCGAGGCAUCGAGAGGUACGGUCAAGGCGACGGGGAAGGGAACGGGAAACGGGCCCGGAAAAGGGACCGGGAAGGAAUCGGGGGCGGGGAAAGGGAAGGUGACGGGGAAGGUGACGGGGAAGGUGAUGGGGAAGAACCGGGACGCCCAUGAGAACGGAGACGCCCACGAGAACGGAGACGCCCACGAGAACGGAGACGCCCACGAGAACGGAGACGCUCGCAAGAACGGAGACGCCCACGAGAACGGAGACUCCCACGAGAACGGAGACGCCCGCUAG